AUGUCACACACGGGACCCCCUCCACGGUGGCGUACCUGUCCCAGAAGAGGACAGCCUGUGGCAGGUAAAUUCCUGCCUAUGAAGACAAUGUUGGGUUCGCGAUACGACGACCAGGUUGCAGAGGAAAACAGAUUCCACCCCAGCAUGCUGUCCAACUAUUUAAAAAGUCUCAAGGUGAAAAUGGGCUUGCUUGUCGAUUUGACCAACACUACCCGCUUUUAUGACCGCAACGACAUCGAAAAAGAAGGGAUCAAGUAUGUGAAGCUUCAGUGCAAAGGACACGGGGAAUGCCCAUCGAAGGAAACGACCAGCAUGUUCAUCAGACUCUGUGAGCAUUUCAUUGAGAAGAACCCCACUGAAUUAAUCGGUGUUCACUGCACGCACGGCUUCAAUCGGACGGGUUUUUUGAUCUGUGCGUACCUGGUGGAGAAGAUGGACUGGAGCGUGGAGGCAGCUGUGGCGGCUUUUGCCCAGGCCCGUGCCCCAGGGAUCUAUAAGGGAGACUACCUCAAAGAGCUUUUCCGUCGCUAUGGCGACGAGGAGGACGCCCCCCCUGCCCCCGCGCUGCCCGAGUGGUGCUUUGACGACGACGCCGACGGGGAGGUGGAUGACGACGGGAACGCGGUCGGCCAGGAGUCCGGCCCCAGCUCCUCCGGGUCAGCGCCCGGCAAGCGGAAGAAGGAGAAACUCAAACUGGGCGCAGUAUUUCUCGAAGGCGUCACGGUGAAAGGCGUCACACAGGUCACCACACAGCCCAAGCUAGGCGAGAUCCAAAGAAUGUGUCAGGAAAUGGCCGAGUGGGACAAGUCUGGGUUCCCUGGUGCGCAGCCUGUGUCCAUGGACCGACAAAACCUGCACUUCCUGGAGCAGAAUCCAUAUAAAGUCAGCUGGAAAGCGGACGGUACACGGUACAUGAUGCUGAUCAAUGGAAAGAAUGAAGUGUUCAUGAUCGACAGAGACAACACCAUCUUCCACAUAGCAAAGCUUGAGUUUCCUUUCCGGAAAGAUCCACGCGUCCACUUGGCAAACACGCUACUGGACGGGGAGAUGAUCAUCGACAAGGUGAAUGGUCAACCUGUCCCUCGCUAUUUGAUAUACGACAUCAUCAAAUUCAAUGGCCAGCCUGUCGGCCAGUGUGACUUCAACAUCCGGCUGCUGUGCAUAGAAAAAGAAAUCAUCUCUCCCCGGAUGGAAAAGAUGAAGACCGGACAGAUCGACAAAACCAAGGAGCCCUUCAGCGUCCGAAACAAGCCUUUCUUCGACAUCCACGCGUCACGCAAGCUCCUGGAAGGCAGCUUCACGUCCCAGGUCAGCCACGAAGUGGAUGGACUCAUCUUUCAACCAUGUGGGAGAUACAAGGCUGGGAGGUGUGACGACAUCCUGAAGUGGAAGCCCCCCAACCUGAACUCUGUGGACUUUCGUCUUAAGAUCACCAAAGUCGGAGGAGAGGGGCUGCUAACGCAGACUGUCGGCUUGCUCUACGUCGGAAGCUAUGACAGGCCCUUUGCAACGAUGAAGGCCACUAAAGAGCUGAAGCAGUACGACAACAAGAUCAUCGAGUGCACGUUCGCCAACAACAGCUGGGUGUUCAUGAGGCAGCGAGUGGACAAGAGCUUCCCCAACUCCUACGACACGGCCAUGGCUGUGUGCAAAAGCAUCAAGGAGCCCGUCACAAAAGAAAUCCUCCUGGAGUUCGUGGACCGCUGCACUCAGGGGGUCCAGGCACAGAACCGGAAACACCCGCCCGACCCGGACUCCGAGCUCAUGCCCCCUCCCCCUCCAAAGAGGCCCAACCGGGCCAUCCCGUAGCCUGCAGCCGGGCCGUCUGGACUGCUCCACAGUCGCAGCGUGCAUCCACAUCACCAGCCCUCCCCUCGCCCCCCCUCCUGACAGAAACCAUUUCAAGGCUUUCUUAUUCGCAGCACGUGUGCUUUAUCAGCCUGUACAUGUAAGGACCUGAGAAAAGUGACUGCUUCAGUGUCAUUAAAACACCCUGUAGACUUCUUUGUAGCUUUAAUUGCUCGUGUUCUUAUUAAAAUGAAAUCAUUACACUUAAGGUUAUUUUAUUUUUGUUCCUAUUUAUCUUUUUUUUUUUUUUUUUAAAUCUGAGCUAAUUGGUAUUUAUCACCGGGAAUGUUGCCUUGGCAACAAUUAACACUUGACAGACCUUGUUUAUGUUCCGUCAACGACGUCCUUAAUUUUGUUUGGAAAGGAGUAACCAUCAUGGAAGCCUGGCCUGCUGUCUUUAUGUUGGGGGUGGCGGGGGGGAUUCACCUGUACAGCUCCCGAUGUUUUCCCGUCUUCAAACCUCCGAGCAGGAUGAGAAUUCGACCUCAGCGCCGCGCCGCAGCCCAUCUGUGUGGACGCUUUGCUUUAAAGGCCACACGGGUGGGCGUGGAGACGACAACGUGAUUAUACAGUCAGUCCAAACAAACCACAGAGACGCAGGAACAGUGAAGUCAGACCACAGAUGGCUGACUUGUGAAAGAAGAACAGGUGAAAACAGCUUC